CGGGAUAACUUCCUGCACUGUACACGUACAGCGCGCGCGCACACACACACACACACACCGCAGGACCCCAGGACUCGGCGCGGAAACACACUCCAAGUCUCCGUGAAGGACAAAAAAACACGAAUGGAUUUAUUUCGCUAAUGUUAACAACAGCACAGAACUCCGCGUUACAUUAACACACACACACACACACACACUCACACACACACACUUACUGCUAGCAUCCAGGCUGCUAGCUAACGUCGGCUUAAAGGACGUGAAGGCGCUCGCGCAUCACAGGGGCAGUAUGGUUGAAGUGGUGGUGGAGUAUGAAUAUGAAGCAGCACAUGAAGAUGAACUGACCCUUCGACUAGGUGAUGUAAUCAAAAAUGUGCGACGAAUAGAGGAGGAAGGAUGGAUGGAGGGAGACCUAAACGGACGAAGAGGUCUUUUCCCAGACAACUUUGUCAAGGAGGUGAAGAAAGAACCGAAAGAGGAAGCAAAAGACGUGAAGGAGGUCAAGGAGGAUGGGCAGCUACAGCGGAGGUCGUCGGGUAACGUGGCCAGUCUGGUGCAGAGAAUCAGCACUUACGGCAUUCCAGCGGGAGGUCUGGGCCUCCAGCCUCGAACAUCCAAAAAGAAACCAGUAAAAAAGCGUCAGUGUAAAGCCCUGUUCGAGUAUCUGCCGCAGAACGAGGACGAGCUCGGGUUGAAGGUUGGCGACAUCAUCGACAUCACUGAGGAGGUGGAGGAAGGCUGGUGGAGUGGGACAAUAAACGGGAAGACUGGCCUCUUCCCCUCCAACUUUGUUAAAGAAAUGGAGACGAGUGAGGACGGCGAGAGUAACGAUGUUCCUGAUGAGCCAGACAGUAAAGAUGAGAUCUCCAGUCCAGCUUCCCCUCACCCUGGAAACGGGGUCAUCACACAGCCUAAAAAGGUGAAAGGCGUCGGGUUUGGCAACAUUUUCCGUGAAGGCUCGGUGAAGCUGAAGCCUCGUCUGUCAUCUGACUCAGAGGAGAAGAAGGACAAACCGAUUCCAUCAUUACCAUCAGGCCCUAAGCCCAGUCUCUUAAACACGGGAGAUGCUCACAAAAUAGAGAAAGAUGGAGACAGCAAAGCUAAAGUAAAAGAAUACUGCAAGGUCAUUUUUAAUUAUGAAGCUACAAACCAGGAUGAACUCGACAUCAAGGAAGGUGACAUUGUGCAUUUAAUAAGCAAGGAUACAGGAGAGCCAGGCUGGUGGAGAGGAGAGGUGAAUGGCAGGGAGGGAGUCUUUCCGGACAACUUUGUGGUGCUGAUCUCAGAUUCAGAGAAAGAGACCCUUUCAUCCAAAAGUUCAAUUAAGCAGACUCCCAGACAAGACCCAGAAGAGAAGUCCAAGAAGCCACAGCCACCCUCCAAAUCUGCAGCACUGAAGCCAGAGGUCCCAAGUGCUGACAAGAAACCCACACAAUUAAGGCCUGAGGAUAAAGUUGACAGGUCUCUGCCAGACAAACCUGCCAAGCCAGUUGCUCCCAUUGUGCCCCCUAAAAAGCCUGUUCCCCCUCCGGGGAAAGGUCUUCUGCGUCCAGUGGCCAUGCAGCCAAAACGACCUGAAAAACCUCUUGCUCCGUCUCCAGCAGUUAAGCACAAUGGGGAGGUGCCUCACCUACGACCAAAGUCGGACUUCGAACCAUCCAUCCCCAGCAAACCAAAAACACUGUCUGGAGAUUGGACUGAGAAGAACUCCACCUCAGACCUUAUGAGUUUUGAUGAUGUGUCCUCUACCUCGGAAAAGCUGUCUCACCCGACUGCAAACAGACCAAAGAUGCCCGGCAGGCGACUCCCAGGACAGUUCGUUGCAGGCCCGCCUCUAAACAAAGACGGCAGCGAGAAAGCUCCAAAAACUGAUGAUGUUUUCGUUCCAAGACCUCAAUCAUCUGAAAUUAACAAGCCUUCCCCUGUAACACCGGUGUCCACAGUGCAGAAGGCGGCGAGCUUCUCCACUCCUGAGCCCAAAGUGAGAGCCGAGGUGCAGGAGGAGAAAAGCAAAGAACUGGAUGAGCUCCGGGCUCAGAUUAAGGAGCUGCUGCUCUCUGUGGAGUUGCUAAAGACGCAGCAAACGAGAGAGCUUGCAGACUUGAGAUCUGAUCUGGAUGAGGAGCGUCUGAAGCGGGUGUCUCUGCAGGUGGAGAUAGAGAAAUUAAAAAAGCACGUACAAUCAACAUAAGGUGGGACUUUCGUGUUGCUGGAAGAGAGCUUUCAUGGCCCAAUGCUGGUCUGCGAGCUGCAGAUAUCAUUCCCUUAAUCCUUUUAGUCACUGACCUACUCCAGAAAUUGUAAGAUUUACAUUUGCACAUGAUGAGCAUUUUUUAUGGUAUGGAACGGUGUAAUUAAGACUGAUGUAUAUGGUUUCUCUUGCUGUCUUUUUCCUUUUUUAUUUGCCAACAACUCUUGAGGCCUUAUUAUGUACUACUGUGCUGGAUAUGCAGGCUCCACGAUCACGUGGGCGAAUUUGCAGUUUAAUACUACUGAAGCUGUAUAAAGUCAUGGAUGGGAUUCUUUAGUUUUCUUAUUUUUAUGUCACGGGGUAGGUUUUUUUUUUUUUUUUUCAUUCUUUCUUUUUUUUCAAGCUGUAAUCUUUCAAUGUUAGUCUCUUCGGAUUAUUAUGGAAUAUAUAUAAAUAUAUAUAUAUAUGUAACCUACUCCGCUGCUGUAGUUACCAGAUCUUCUGUCGCUUUGUCAAGAGAAAGCUUUCCUUUAAUAGUCUACUUAAAACUUUUUCAUCCAGGGUGACACUAUCGUGCCUGUUUUAAAAGUGUUAAUAUUGGAAGCUCAUUUAUUGCUUAGCUUUGCAGCAAGAUAUAUUUUUAUUGCAAGGAAUGGGAAUAUAUACCUACACGUGUGUACAUACACAGGUAGGGAAACAGGAAAAUCUAAAUGAAACAAAGAUAGGGAAACACAUAUCUACAUUUCUAUGUUUCUAAAUGCCCAAACACUGUGGAUGUCCUAUGAGUUAAAUUUCUUAGCAACCACCUUUGUCUUCGGUUGUAGCAAUACAAAGGUCUGCGCAGAUUUACAUAUUGGAUCUAUUUAUGUAACGAAUCAGAUAUUUGUCCUAACAUGUAUAAGUACACUAGAAGUGUACCCUCUCUUCAGGUACCUUUAGUCCUGUAAGAAAGGGUUGUAAGUAUUCCACAUCAGGGAGUGUGUGUGUGUGUGUGUGUGUGUGAGCGUGUGUGUGUGUGUCUCAUUUAAUCCCUACAGCAAUAAAUAAACAUGUCUACAAUGUCCAGUUAAAUUAAAUAAAAUUUCUGUUCUGUGUCUUUUUCCAUCCAGCGUUAACAUGAACAUUAACAUUCCAUAUUUUUAUUUAAAUGUGGGGGAAACAGUUGUGCAGAAUUUCAGCACAGAUUUCCAAGUGAACCUGUUUACAUGAUUUUUGUAACUGAAUUGCAUAACCUGAGAUUUUUUCCAAGCUUAAUAAAUGUCUUUAUGUAUAGAAGUCACACAA